GCAUCUUUAGACCUCUGUAUAGCAACCCUGAUAAGCCAAGCGCUUAUCAGCUAAUCGGCUGGAAAAUCGGCUAAUUCUUACACCUUGUUCAGAAAAAUAUUCAUAAAGUUAUCAUCAUUAAUCUCACUGUUUUAUGGCUACCACCAAUUAAAAGCUAAUAAAAUUGCCUUCAAAGUGAUAUAAGUUUUAUGGUGCUCCUGUUGUGUGUGUUUAUUACAUAUUAGCAUGAAUUACGCAACUUAUCAAAAUUUCGGCCGCGCUGUUAAUUGCAGAUCUGAAGUUACCGCGGGUGACACCUACUUGUGCAUAUUAAUUUUGCGGCCACCUGUUUCUUUUUGAAUAUUAAUUCGGCCUACAUUUCUAGAAAGCUGAUUGGCUGAAUUUUACAAUGACGCAUGUUUCAUUUGCAUAUCCCUAUCGGUAACGAAGAUAUAGUCCACUGAAGUCUACCAAAAUUAUAGAACUGAAUUUGAAAAUUACUCUAAAUAUACGCAUAUAAAAUGAUUCUACACACUCUAAAUUUUAUUUUGAUACCAAAAUCAUUCGAAUCAGAUGUGAUUUAGUAGGCCGCAUUCAUAUUUGAAGUUUGCCAUUGAUGAAAAUUCGUGCGCGCCACAACUUGUUACAAAUGGCCGCCAUUAUUGAAAUCGGCUGACUGACUGUACCGUUAAAAUAUUCGAUACUACAUGCGAUUGCUAUUUUCUACAAAUCCAAAAAUGGUUUAAAUCAACUGUUUCGAUGUUUGCUGUUUCCUCAGUAUGGCUGACUUUCCUGGUGCAUUCUGCAAACAAUUUAAUCUAACAACUGAGUUAUUAAAAGAAUCAACCAACAUUCCUAACAUAGGCAGCACUGUCCCAAAUGGUCUUGUUAUAGAACUGAAAAGUUUUUGUGAUAAAAGUGGAAGAACUAUUGAAGAUUUGUUUAAGAUACUGUGCAAACUGAAUGUAGAAUUUUGUGCUUCUAACUCCAAAGCCAUAAAUGUAAAAAUUACGAGACUUCUUGAUGCAAAAAAGAAAUUAACCAGCAAAAAGAAAGUGCCUGGUUUCAAAAAUGUUCAAGAUUUUUGUGAAAAAGUGUUUGUGCCACCGACUUCACGGACCGAGUGCAUUCAAAACACUUCAAACCAAAAUGACAUUGACACUACAAUCAAUAAGUUGCAAAAUUUGUUAAAUAUCGAGACCGCGCCUGUCCAAAAUUCUGUGCCAGAGUCGGAUAGAAAGUCUGUGUCAGUACAAACCAUAUUUGAAGACAGCGAUUGUGAUGUUGACUCGAAAGAUCUAAAUCUUAAAAAAUUCAGUUACAAAGUGCUAGAAAAGAAGAACAAUCGUUUACAAAGAGACACUGAAGGCAAAUAUGAACUGAUACAGUCCUUGGAGAGCAGAAUUGGUCAUUUUUCGAUCAGAAAUGUCAACAAACGCGAUGAAACAGCAAAGAAAAACUUGCACGCAUUGAGAAACGAGCAGCGCACUGUUCUCAAACAAGAAAAAAUAUUGAAAAAGUGCACAGAGCAUAUUGAAUAUAAUAAAAGAACAAUUCAAGAUUUAACCUCAAAUAACCAUUUAUUGACGACAGAGCCUGCAUCUGUUAAGCGACAACUUGAAUGUGAAAAGCAGAAAAAAUUGUAUGCACAGAAAACCAACAGCUACUUGCACACUGAGCUUCAAAAGGUAAAGAAAAGCUGUGAUGAAAAGAACACAAACAAAGAAACUGAUCUCUUAGAAACGAUUGCACAGCACGAGGACACUAUUAAGACACUGGGCCUUCAGCUCUUGGAAAGAAAUGAAGAAAUCAAGGAAAUUCAAAGUGAAAAUAAAAUGAUUAUGAAUACGAAAAAUAUAAUAGCUACAAAAAGUGACGGUAAAACUUACAAUGAGAAUAUUCGAAUGUGCGUAAUAGAACUGGCCGGACUUGAAGUGGCCGUUGAAAAAGUUUCUCCUAUUAUCCAGUGUGUCUGCUUACAUUUAAUUGGAAAAUAGUUUAAAAAAUCUGAACUACCCAAUCCACAUACUGUUCAAAGAAUUAUUGAUGAAGGCCAUUUUCUGGCAAAAUCAUUCAUCGCAGACAAAAUUGACUCUUGUCACAACUGGGGGUUAAGUCGGGAUGGAACAUCCAGGAAAAAACAGAAGAUUCUGGACACAUCAGUGACGUUGGACACGGGUGAUGUCAUAAGUCUAGGUUUUAAUCGUGUAAACAGAGAAACCGGAGUGGCCAUAAAUGACGUUACCAAAAGUCAUCUCAAUGAACUUGAAACUUUGCACAGAACUUUGCACGGUGAUGAAGAGGCAAAUUCAUUUGUUGUUAAGUCCCUAGAAAAACUUUCAUUCACUAUGUCGGACAGAUCUAGUAAUGAAAAGAAGGCCGAUCAAUUGUUAGAUGAAUGUCGAGAUAGUGUUUUAUGUCAGACAGAAGAAAAAGAUAUUGUUCAUCACUUCCACUGUAUGGCACAUACCCUGCUUGCCUUCCAUAGUUACACAAACCCUGGAUUGAAAGAGAUGACUAAUGAACUUGGACCGCUAGGGCGUGAUACUAUUCCAUU